UCUUGCACAUUCAGCCUUAUAAUUCGUCUUGUCGUUUUUGCUAGGUUUUGAUCGACCACAGAGAACAAAUUCAGCAAUUAUUGCAUACCCUUUCAAGAAUUCGAAGAAACAAGAAGAGAUUAGAGACUUACAAAAUGAGGAAGCGGCAAGUGGUAGUAAGAAGAGAAGAAUCUUCUUCAAGACGGUCUUCUUCUUCAUCUUUCACUGUUAGGAGUGUUAGAUAUGGAGAGUGCCAAAAGAAUCAUGCUGCUGAAAUUGGAGGUUAUGCUGUUGAUGGAUGCAGAGAGUUCAUGGCUAGUGGAGAGGAAGGCACAGAUGCUGCACUUACUUGUGCUGCUUGUGGCUGCCACAGGAACUUCCACAGAAGAGAACUGGAGACUGAGGUAGCCUGCGAUUGUUCUUCCCCUUCUUCAAAUGGGAAUUAAUUCAGUUCUCUCUUCCUCUCUCUCUCUUAUACAGCUACUCUUGAGUGAGGAGGUUGCUUUUAUAUAUCGACUUCUAAUGUUCGUGCUUGGGUUUGAGAAUUUCGUUUUUGUUGCCAUCGCUGUGGUAGUUUCUAGGGUUUAUGGAGUUGACAAAAACUUCUCCGUCGUACUUAGAUGCCGAAGAAGGAAAAGGAGAAGAUUGAAGAGUGUGAUGUGUUAUUAUGAACAAAGAAGAACAUAUUGUAUUACAAUAAGAUGAAGGAAUUAAUUAGCUCUAUAUUAGGAUUCACAAGACUGGAGUGAAUACCAAAGGUUCAUAGUUCAGGAGAUAUCAUGUUUUCCAAUCAUGAUUUCACCAAAGUUAUAGCUAGAAUGAUUGGGAAUUUGAUGGUGAAAAAUAAUGGUUUCUCAUGUGUGAUUUUUGUAAAAUUGGUGUGUGAAGGUGUGAAAUAUAUACAUAUUUAAUUUUUCUUUCAUGUAAUUUUUAGUAUAUUUUCUUCUUUUUCCAGUUAUAUAUAUGUGGUGAGAAUUAAU